CUGAAAACUUUUUAACUUCUAUUCAUAUUUGGCGCGUUGAGCCAUUCUUUGAAUUCAGUUGCCGCAGUGUGUGGAAGUUUUCAGUUUUGUCUUUUGACACUUUUACGUGUUGUUUGCAAAUCUUGCCGGGAAAGAAGCAUAUUUGCAACUACGAUCUUUAACGACGUGGGUUUAAAUUAUUUUGCCUUCAAGCUUUUUAUUAUUAUCUUCUGCAGAAUGAACUGUUUGUCCCCCUCGCUCCCAUCUCCCAACAAAAUGAGGGGACAAAUUCAGAUCAUCUUUGGACCGAUGUUCUCAGGGAAAAGUACAGAACUGAUGCGCAGGGUGAAGAGGUUUCAAAUUGCUCAAUAUCGGUGUCUUGUGGUAAAGUAUGCAAAGGAUGUUCGGUACAGCAAGCAAGAUCUGGCUACACAUGACAACUUUACAAUGCAUGCAGUUCCUGCGACUAAGCUGAGUGAAGUUUAUCAAGAAGCUUUAAGAUCAGCGGUUAUUGGAAUUGAUGAAGGACAGUUUUUUCCAGAUUGCGUAGAAUUCUCUGAGGAAAUGGCUAACAAAGGGAAGACUGUUAUUGUGGCGGCAUUGGAUGGAACAUUCCAGCGGAAAGCUUUUGGCAACAUUCUGAACCUGGUUCCACUUGCAGAGAGUGUGGUGAAACUGAAUGCUGUGUGCAUGAAGUGUUACCGAGAGGCUGCCUACACCAAGAGAAUUGGCAUUGAAAAAGAGAUUGAGCUGAUUGGCGGAGUGGACAUGUACCGAGCCACCUGUAGGAUCUGCUACUUUGCGAGUGAUAAUCUGCCAACCAAGCAGGAUUGCAAGGAGAACGAGGUCACAGGUUGGCCAGCGAAGACCGGACAACUAUUAUCUUCUCAUCAUUCCGCCAGUGGGGACAGGAGCAUAUUACCAAGGAAACUCUUUGAAAACUUGCAGCCUUCAAGCUGUGUAGCCAAUGGCUGUAACUGAAGUCCACCCUGCACUAACCAUUGCAGUCAUUGUUCCUUGAGCAUUCCCUUUCCUUUGAGAUGUGAGCCAUUAUGGGGGCUGUUUUUUCAAUAGUUGCCCACCAUCUAGGCAAUGGAGGUGCCUUAACAGCUUCUCCAUAGUUCAGUGAGCAGAAUCUCUGUAAGUCAGGCAUCAUCCAUGGAAAUGAAUAAACAGUCGACAUUUUGGGGCAAGACCACCUUUGGGGACUGGAAAGGAAGGGGGAAGAUGCCAGAAUGAAAAGGUGGGAGGGAGGGGAAGGAGAAUAGCUAACGGAUGAUGGGUGAAGCCAGAUGGCUUGGGAAGGUUAAGGGCAGGAGAGGAAGGAAUCUGAUGGGAUGAGAGUGGACCAGGGAAGAAAGGGGCACCGUUGGAGGUGAGAAGAGGUCAUUGUGACACAGGAAUGGGUAUAUGGGGCAUCAAAAUCAAGUUUUGAUGCCAAUAUUACUACUUCCGGUUAAAAUAAUUCAGGUAUUUUCACUUUUUGAGAAUUUACCCUGCCUCCUGCAUCAAUUAAUUACUUCUAGAUCUUCGGUCUCCAUGACAACUUCGGCCUAUCUAUUUUCAUGCCGCUUCAUCAGUGCGUGUCUGGAUCUGAAGUGAAUGAUUUGCUGUUAGUAAUUCCCUUUUAAGUUUAAUAAUUCCUCCCAGGUGUUGUCUGCUGAGAUGUGCUUAUUAGUGUAGCAUUAAUGGCACAGACUAUCUCCAGCAAGGAGUCUAAUUGCAUCCCUUCUUGAAUUCCCCCACCAGUUAACAUCCUGGGAGUUCUUUAGUGAUCAGGGCUUCAUUGAGAGGAGUUCAAAGGUUGAACAGCCUUAUUAAGUGAUUCAUCUAAUAUAAUUGCCUUUCAAUUGGGAUUGAGUAGAAUGCAGCUCCUUUCACAUACUGCAAUGAGUUUUAACACCAUCCAGUAAAGAGCAACUGACCAUCCAUCAGUUUCUCCAAUCGAACUGGAAAAUGUUCAUCUUGUAUCAUACUUGAGUAUCUUGCUGGUGCUAUCUUGAUUCUUCCAAGUACAGUAUAGCAAGGGCAGAAUUUUGAAAUUUGCCUGCACAUCAUACCUCCAUAAAUUGUAAAUGUAUCAUUAAUCUUGUCUGUGGUUAAAUGUAAAUGUGUAUGUGAGUAUCAAUCCUAUUCCUAUUGGGAUUAAAGGACACAAUUACCACGGUCAGCUCAGAUCCAAUGGUUCACCAAAUGUAAGGCACAGGCCAAAGUUAGGCCAUUCUGAUCAUCCCUAUCUUCUGCCCCAUCUUUUCAGUAUGACUGACAUAUUCUCCCUCUCAACACCAUUCUCCUGCCUUCCCUCCAUAACCUCUGACAGGUGUACUGGUCAAAACCCUAUCAAUCCCUGCUGUAACUAUACCCAGUGGCUCGGGGGGGGGGGGGGUUGCUUCUUUUGUUAUGCCAUGAUUAACUUUAGAAACUGCAGCUGCUUUUGUUAUUGAUUAGCCAGUUUCAAAGGUAUAAAAUAACAGAAUUUUGCUUUAUCCCCUUUGUUUCAAGGCAAGCAGUGCAAUUGACCAUUGGGAAGGGAUGCUCUGUGUGUGUGCUUUUACAAAUAGUUUUGUUUGUUUGUAAAUAAAUGUAAUAUACUUACAUUAGGUGUUUUGU